AUGAAAAAGCUAACUACUGUUUCAGAUCAUUUCAAGGGACGAAAGGCAUUAAUCAAAAAACUCACUGACAUUCAGAACGACCAUUUGAAAUCAAGUUUACCUGAUCUCAGAGAGAAGCUCAAAAUUGAAUUGAAAAAGGUCAAUGAAGAGAUUGAGAACUUCUCAGCGAAUGUGACUGCUUAUUUAGAAGGUGAGGAAUCACUCGUUUCACUCUUUGAAGACAAUGCCAAGAAAAUUGUGAAGGAAUUUGAACGAGUGGCCACUCAUCAAGGAGCAUGUAUCAACGAAGAACAAAGUGAAGACGAGGUUUUUAAAAAGUUAAAUCAUGACGACGACAAUGAAUCAAACAAGGUCUUUUCCCUACCUGACUUUUCCAAAUCCAUGGAAAAUAUGAAGAAUUCGAUCAUGCAAGCAAGUGAAAUUCAGUUGGAUGACGAUAAAUGUUAUUUAGAGCUUGCCAUGAACAUGCUCGAAAAACAAAGAGGUUUUCCAGGGUUACCAGACCUCUACCAGCCAACGAUACUAAUUGAGCUGACCAAGUUAAAACUUUCUUCCAUGCAAAAAAGCGUAACCACGACUUCCGAAGAAGUGCUUCAGGAAUGGAAAUCUCUUGUACUGGAUUCUAUCAUUCCAAAAAGUGUCAAACAGGUUGUGGAUAAGGAUUCAACGACUGAUAUGCUGCAACAUCAUUUAUCCACUCUUCUCGAUAAGCAGAUUGAGAAAGCAAUCAAGCUCAUUGAACACUAUUUUAAUAUAGAACGUCACAGAACAACCACGUUGAACUCUAACUAUGAACAUCAUCAAAAAACACUUGCAAAAUAUGCAAACGAGCUUCGAAAUCCAACAAGAGAUGCGAAACAAGUUCAAGAACAUGGCUUACCUAAGGCUGAUCAAACAUUCAUUGACACAGCUUGUCAAAAGGAUGUGGCAACAACACGACAAAGUUCUUACAGCUUCUGCAGCUAUGGAUCUAUUGAUCAAAUUUAA